AUGGUUUUAAAGUUGCCAAAGAACAAAUGGGAGAGUGAAAAAUUCAACGAUUUGGAUUGGUCAAUGUGUUUUGAAGAAUCACGUGAAAAAUGUAGUUCAAGCUGCUUCAUAGCUUGUGAUCUACCACCAACUGAAUGUUUUACACAUUGUGCUGGUUCAACAGUUGGUUGUUAUAUUGGAUGUUUAUUAGUGAGGCAGACAUUUGAAAAACGACCUGGUGAAUGUCCUAGAGAGCUGGUAUAUUCAGUGUUUGAUUUCAAUAGAUCGGUCCUACAUGGUCAAGAUGAUCAUUCAAGCUACAACAAACAUGAGUCGACCAGCAAAUGCAUUAAUAACUGUCAGUCAGACAGUGAAUGUACAAAUCCUUUGCAAAUCUGUUGUAAAUCUGAUUGUCAUCAACAAUGUACAAAUCCAAUUUUUAACGAACCUGUUCCUCCGAUAUCAACGUAUUUAAAUUCAACAGUGUCUACAAUUAACUCAAAUAGUGUAAAACUGUUUUGGUCAACAUUGUAUAGAAAUUUGACUAGCUCGAUUAAUCCAAUCGUGUUCAUACUUCAAGUACGAAUAUGCAUAUGUAAACAGUUUGAUGAAAAGUAUUCUUCGAAAUGGCAAACACUGAUUAUGACUCAUGAAUUUGGAGCUAAUCUUGAAGCUUUUGAACCUGGACGAUUGUAUCAAUUUCGUAUUGCUGCUGUCAGUAUUCAUGGGACAAGAGGAUUUGGUUUAAGUACAAAAGCCUAUCCUAUAAAUCCAGUCCAACCAAGACCACCUGAUCCACCUAGAAAUGUAACAGAUUCAAUGUGGCGAUUAUAUUCUUCAGGUAAAAUAAGUCUUCUCUUGAAAUGGCAACCACCAAGCCACAGUGACCUUCCAGUCAGUGAAUAUCUCAUAAAUUGGUCAGUUGAUCAUGGUUAUCUACAAACAGAUGGAAGGUCUCUUGAGUCUCUUAUUCAAUAUACACUAACUACCAACGCAGAUCGUACAGAGUGCAUUUUACAAAAUCUCAAGCCAGCAACCUCAUAUAAAAUUCAGGUAAAGGCAAUAUCUUAUUGGAAUGGAUACGGUAAUUUAGAAUCUCAGCCGAAUACAAUUUUUCUAUCGACUCAAUCAAUACAUCCAGCUUUCCAUCAACAAAGUAUUGAUCCAGUGGAGACCCAUUUACCACCAAAAGGAGUAGCAUCAACACCGAUUGGAUUCACAAUCCAGUCAAAAUCCUCAAACUGUGAAUGUGGAUCAGCCGUACAACCUCUUCUGUUGAAGAAAAUAUUCUACGAUAAUAAUAAGCUAAAUGCUGUACUUCAAAUCAACUUCACCAUUGAGAAGGAUACUACAACUGUGAUUCAAUGGUUUCCACAAGUUUGUAUUGAUUCAAAUGAACCUUUAUCAAAUACAGUAAGGCAUAAAGUCUUGCAGAAAUAUAAGGAUUCCAAAAUCAUUCUGGAAGAUCUAUACUUCAGUUGUCGCUAUAGCGUACGAAUUCAGAUGUAUGCUGGUAUUCUGGAUGAGACAUACCUUAGCAUGAUAACAUCUGGGAUUUCAGCAGACAACCAAUAUUUGGAUUCAAGGGGUUUAUAUUCUUGUUUUUGUACACCACCUUGUUUAGAUGUUGAAAUAAAACAAGGCGAACUACCGGAUAACUGUCCACCACCAGCACCAGUGCCACCGUUACCACCUACUCAACUGAAAGUAAUGCAUAUGGGCGACCAAGAUUAUCGAAUAUCUUGGGUGCAGUCAGUGAGUAAUCAAGAGAGGAAAGUUAGGACUGCUGAUAAAGAUUCACGUCUUUCAUUUUCAAAUGAACUGAAAAAGAAUUCAACAAAAUAUCGUAUUAUAUGGGCACCAAGAAUACAUGAGCCAGUCGAUGAAUCUUUGUACAACGAUGAAAUUGGUUUCACUCCGAUAAUGGAUCUACAACAGACAGAUGUCAGAGUAAUAAAUAAGGAACAAACAUGGAUUGCUUUGAAAAAGCUGAAGCCAAAUACUUUCUAUAUUGUACGUGUACAAACCUUACUUAUCUUGCCUAAUGGUAUGGAACGAGAAAGUAAUCCUGUAUCUGUGUAUUUUACUACUGCUGGUGAAGAGGAAAUGAAAAAUUCACACUCACGUCAACACAAAUUACACAAUUCAGCAUCUUCUCUCCAUGCAGACACUGUAAUCACACUCACAUCCGUCAAUAUGUUCAUAUUGAUAAUUUCCUGCCUUCGCAUUUAUUUCGUUUGUCUACCUACUUAUUUAACUAUGCUUCUUGAUGACUUGAGAACAGAUGAGAUUGAUUUAAUCAAGAAAACGUUUCAUCAGUUCGAUUAUCGUAACAUUGGUUUCAUAUCUCACGAAGACUUCGCCAAUGCAUUACGCUGGCUGAAAUUGAUACCAUCCGAAGCAGAAAUAGCACAAGUCUUACAGGAAAUCGACCCAGAAAAUCUAGGACGUAUUAAAAUUGACGCAUUUGUUCACAGUGCAGUGAAAUUCUGGUUUCCAACACCACAAAAAUUUGAAGCCUACUUAUGGGAUGCAUUUUCCGCAUUUGAUACAGAGUUGAAAGGCAGUAUAUCGAGUGAUUUGUUAAAGGAGAUUUUAACCGUUCAUGGUACAGAACCGAUACCAGAGAAGGAAGCCAACAAAAUUAUUAAACGUUAUGAAACUAGACCCCAAAGAAUGAUUGAAUACAGUUCAAUAAUCAAUGACUGGAUGAGAUGA